AUGGGGAAUAGUGUGUUCAAAGCAGAGAGAAAGGAAGAGGACAGACGACAAGCAUUUUAUUCAUCCGCCGCAUUUGCUAGGCACGGCAUUUUCAGGAAAGGCUUUAGACAUGGUGGAGGCAUCGGAGGUGGCGCUGGUUUUGGUGGUGGCGGCGGCAUUGGUGGAGGUGGUGGCCUGGGUGGCGGAGCUGGAGGAGGGUUAGGUGGUGGAGGUGGUUUAGGCGGGGGAGCUGGAGGAGGGUUAGGUGGUGGAGGUGGUUUAGGCGGAGGAGCUGGAGGAGGGCUAGGCGGUGGAGGUGGCCUAGGGGGUGGAGCCGGUGGAGGUCUGGGAGGUGGUGCGGGUGGUGGCUUGGGCGGAGGGGCAGGUGGUGGUGGAGGUUUCGGAGGGGGUGCGGGUGGAGGAAUAGCUCAUGGUGGUGGUUUAGGUGGGGGUGCUGGUGGAGGUCUAGGUGGGGGUGCAGGUGGUGGUUUGGGGGUGGUGGAGGUUUGGGUGGCGGAGUGGUGGUUUGGGUGGUGGUGGGGUUUGGGUGGCGGAGCUGGUGGAGGGCUAGGACAUGGUGGUGGUUUGGGUGGUGGUGCUGGUGGAGGACUUGGUCAUGGUGGUGGCUUAGGAGGGGGUGCGGGUGGAGGACUAGGACAUGGUGGUGGCUUAGGAGGGGGUGCAGGUGGAGGACUAGGUCACGGUGGUGGUUUAGGUGGAGGUGCAGGGGGAGGGAUAGGACAUGGUGGGGGCCUAGGAGGUGGUGCAGGUGGAGGGCUAGGAGGCGGAGCGGGUGGUGGAGGAGGCGCAGGGGGAGGAUUUGGUGGAGGCGUAGGUGGCGGAGGAGGUGUAGGAGGAGGAGGCGGGUUUGGUGGAGGCGCAGGCGGUGGAGCUGGGGGUGGAUUCGGAGGAGGAGGCGGAUUUGGAGGAGGAUUUGGCGGAGGAGGUGGUGCCGGAGCAGGGGUUGGCGCUGGUGGCGGCAACUGA